AUGUGUUUUCUGAAUCCUCUUCACAUUUUGAUUUUCGCCUUAUCUUUCACCAUCCAUUGUUUCCUCCUCGUCAAAUCUCAAGAACCGCCUCUCUUUACAAAAUCUUCUCUACCUCCUCCACCACCACCAUCGCCUCCACUUGACAAUGUGACAGACAGUCCUGCACCUUCUUCAGUCUCGGAGGUAAUUGCGCCUCUGUCUUCGCCACCACGGCGGCGGAGGCCAAAGUCAGAACCUUUUCCACCGCCUCCUGAGCCACGGCGGGUUGGGGGGUCUCCGGAGAAGAAUAAGAGAGGUGGAUUAAACAAAGGGGAGACUGUGGGACUGGUCUUUGUUGGGUUAAUAGCAAUGUUGCAGGUGUUGGUUGUUGUCUUCAUGGUUCUCAAGAGAAGGCAACUUCUCAGACAGAAAGAAACUCAAUGAUAGUUGCUUAACUAACUAACACUUUCCGCAUUAACAACAUAACUUCUUUUGUUUUUCUAAGUCAUGUAACAAAAAUGUUGAUUAGAGUAAAUAUUAUUAUAGAGAGUGUUUUAGGUGGAAAGAAAAUGCAAAGUGUUUAACUCAUAAUGUGUAGAAUUGAUUUCUUUCUUUCUUUCAAGAUGAAACUGAUUUGGCUUAGUGGA